AUGAUACCCCAAGCGCAGCCAACUUCCAUUGGUUCCAACCAGUUUAUUAAAAGUAAUUAUGAUGCAUCGAUCCUUCAAAGUUCCCAAAGGGCCCCGACUAUUCGGUCUCCUUUGUUGCAAAUGAUCACAAAUUCGGAAGAAAGAUGUUCUCUAUUCGGUAGGAAACUCAUGUCACCGAUUGAAGUUCAAUCAUCUUCUUCACAGCAGCAAGUGGAGAAUCGUCAAUCAAGCCCACACAUGACACCAACAGUGAUGGAAAACAAUUGCAUAAUCAUUAAUUGUCAAAGCGUCACUUCGUCCAACUUUAUGGUUCUUCCAUGGAGCCCUGUUUCAGCGAGCAAGAAGUCUUACAAUGGAAGUCAUCUUAUCGCCACACCAAAUUCGCAGAGAAAAAGCACACCGGAAGUGGCGUAUCCUCAGAUCGCAGCAAAUCACGUGUCACAAAACGUGCUUUCUGCUACGGUCGAGACCGAUCCAAAGCGAUGGACCGUGGAAGAAGACAACGUUCUUGCAAUGGCGGUCGAAAGUCACAAUGGUAGAGUUACCAACUGGAACCUGCUCGCUUUCACAUUUUUCGCUGGUUCUCGCACUGGCAGUAUGUGCAAAGCCCGGUGGAGAAAGACUACAGUCGGUAGCAAAAUUAGGGGCAACUGGAUGCCAGAAGAAGAUGCAAAAAUCUCACAGCUGAAAUCAGAAGGUUUCAGUUGGCGGUACAUCGCCACCCAGUGCCCAGGGCGGUCCUAUGAACAAGUUAUCUCUCGCUACCGCGAUAACCUUGAUCCUUCAGUAUUGAAGACCCCGUGGACAGCACCGGAAGACAGCAUUUUGAUCCAAGAACAAAGUCGUGUUGGGAAUAAAUGGAAACAAAUGGCUCAACUACUGCCAGGCCGAUCCACAAAUCAAGUCAAGAACAGGUGGUACCACAUACAACAAUCAGAACGCCGAAAACAACGUAAGUCAUCCUCCGUGAAGAAAACCCGUAGAAAAGUCGAAGUCCAAUCUCGACCUAGCGGUCAUCUUUCCUAUUCCAUGUUGACAAAUCCGUGGACCGAGUCGGAAGACAACAUCUUGAUCCAAGAGCAUAGUCGUGUUGGAAAGAAGUGGAAGCAAAUCUCUCAAUUGCUACCAAGACGAACCCCAGAUCAAGUCAGGAACAGAUGGACGCAGAUACUCCAUCGAUUGGCACGCGAAAAGCAAACCAAGCUAUCUUCGGCGAAAAAAACCAGUGAUAAGGCGGAAGUCCAAUGCCCGGACAACGAUCAGCUUGAUCCCUCCAUUGUCAAAACCCCACGGUGUUGGACAGAGGCGGAAGACAGCAUCUUGAUUCAAGAACAUAGUCGUAUUGGAAACCAAUGGACUCAAAUCUCAAAGCUUCUACCAGGACGAUCCCCAGAGCAAGUCAGGAACAGAUCGAUCCAGAUACAACGUCGACGAGCACGCACGACUCCUUGGACAGCGUCGGAGGAUGGAAUCUUGAUCCAAGAACAAAGUCUUGUUGGAAACCAGUGGACUCAAAUCUCAAAGCUACUACCGGGACGAUCCAAAGAUCAAGUCAAGAACAGAUGGCAGCAGAUACAACGUCUGUCAGGACUCGAGAAGCAAACCAAGUUGGAAAUAAGUCGGCAAAAAUAUCAUAUCUACCAUGCCGAUCCUCAGCACAAGUCAGGAACAGAUGGGACAACUUGA